AAAUCUAGUAUUUUUUAGUUUGGUUCUUGCAGCAACAGCAACCAGUAACAGCGAUUUAUUGUAGUGUUGUUGCAUCCUUGUCACUCUACUUGUGGUCAAUAUGGGCGGGGGUCACGGUCACGACCAUCAUCAUCAUAUAAAAAUUCCAGACUACAAAAUCUACAAGGUGGAGGAUGUCCCUGAAUUGAUGGCUGUGAGGAGAGUGUUGGCUACACAAGGACUGAAAGACCCUUGGUUAAGGAAUGAGGUGUGGAAAUAUACCAUAAAGGGGAGAGGAACAACGCGUCAAAUCUUUAGGAAAUUAUUUGGCCGUGGGCUUUUGAUAGGACUUGUGGCUGGUGCAGUCUCAUCUGGACUCGAAAGGGCUUGGAUGGCUCGAAAAUAUCCUCACCACCAUGAUGGGCAUGGUGAAGAAGGUCACGCUCAUCAUUAAGAACAUUAUACAUCAUAUAUAGCGUGGACAAACAUCUAAUUUGCGAUUCAUUUACCAGCACUUAGUUAAAAUAGACCCCAUAAUUUAUAGGAUUGGAAUAAACACUUCCGUUUGCCUUGUGUAAUAAUAUGGAGUUUAGUAGUAAUUUAAACUGAGUAAAAAAAUUCUAUGUAUGCCGGCCGGAACUAUAAAACUGCCGUAUUCCUGUAAAUAAAUUACUAGUCGUUAAAAAUGAGUAAACAUUGUAAACAACA